AUGGCCGAGCAAAACGUCAAUGCAGAGGACAAAGAUAGACGGAUGGUUGUUUCCCGAAUUAUGGUCGAAACCAUCAGACGUAACCGCAUUCGCCUGACUGAGCUUUUUGGCGGAGUCGUUGAUAACCAGCAGUUCUUGGAACACGUGGUGGACCUUGCCGUGGAUGUUAUCAGAUUUGCCGAGCAGCCAGUGUCCGCUGAGGGAGUGGAACUUUUGGACGAUCUUCAACCACUUGCUCCAAGUGGUAAAUAA